ACUUUCCUGCCCUCAAGACAAAUUCCGCAACAGGAAGAAAAAAAUAUCCUAAACGAAACACAGGAAGUUGGGAAUCAUAACGUCUUAGGCUGGUCAAUGUCCGUGUAGCCUAUUUUCAGUCUAGUUAUUCCUAAUCCUAGGGAAGGUGAGACGAAAAGUUGAAAUAGUGACAAUAAUAACAGCCGAAAUAAAAUGCGGCGAAAUGACUUCCGCGGACAUGGACGUGGAGAAGUAUUUAUUGCGCAUUGGGUUUGUGGCCUCAGCUGAGCCCAGUCUGGAGAUGCUGCGGUCAGUUCACACCUGUCACCUGCUGUCGGUGCCGUUUGAAGACCUAACCGUGCACAGCGGCGGACAAGUCCAACUGGACCUUCCGCUUCUGUACGACAAGAUCGUGAACCGGGGCAGGGGCGGGUUCUGCUUUGAGAAUAACGGUCUCUUCUCCUGGUUGCUGUCCAAAUUGGGCUUCCGGGUAACUCUGCUCUCCGGCCAGGUGAAGAAUCACAUCACCGGUCGAUACGGGCCACCUUUUGACCACUUGAUCGCCAUGGUGACCCUCGAGGGCCGGCGCUGGCUGUGCGACGUCGGGUUUGGCUCGUCGGGUUUUACCACCCCCCUUUCACUGGAUACUAGAGGCCUGCAGGAGCACGGCCACCGAGUGUACCGCAUUAGAGAGGACAGGGAUAUGCACUUUCUGGAGUGGCAGGGGGAGGAAAACAGAGGUGCUGGUGGAGACUGGACAGAGAUCUACAAGUUCACCCUUGCUCCCAGGUGUCUGGAGGACUUUACCGAGAUGUGCCAGUACCACCAGAGCUCCCCCAGCUCCAUCUUCUUCUGCAAGUCCCUCUGCACCAUUUUAAAACCAGAUGGCAGGCUGACCUACAUUGGCCACAGACUGAUCACCACCACAUUUCCCACUGCAGGAACUGGGAAAACUUUGGAAACCACAACCAGGGAACUUAAAGAUGAAGAGAUCCCUGUUAUUCUGGCAGAGAAAUUUGGAAUUGUGCUAAAUUCUCCGCUCAUACCAAAGGAUGAGGCGAUAACACCACCCCCGGUCAUGUAUUGAUCAUGCUUCCAUAUGGGAUAUCUUCACACCUCCACUGGCAAAAUUGUGCAAUAACUGAUCUAAAUCAAGCUUUACAUAACAACAACACACAUACAUUGUCUUGACAAAAUGCGCAACAAAAAAGAUAAAUUGUCAGUUUGAUUUAAUAAAUUAUACAUACACUUUUAA